ACAGUGUCUAAAAGAAGAAGACAAGUCUCCAGUCUGCACUUCCGUCUGUGUGAGCAAGACUCCCAGCAUCUUCGGCGUGUGACCGGGAGAAAGCGUGUAUCAAAAAGGAGUAAUCAUGCCGAUGUUUGUGGUGACCACUAACGUGGCCAAGAGUGAUGUGCCCGCGGCCUUGCUGUCUGAGGCCACGGAGGAGCUGGCCAAAGCUAUGGGCAAACCUGCACAGUAUAUAGCUGUGCACAUCAACCCUGACCAAAUGAUGAUGUUUGGAGGAAAGGGAGACCCCUGUGCACUCUGCUCUCUCCACAGCAUCGGCAAGAUCAGCGGUGCUCACAACAAGCAGUACUCCAAACUCCUGUGUGGACUCCUCAACAAACACCUGGGCAUCUCUCCUGACAGGAUUUAUAUUAACUUUGUAGACAUGGAUGCAGCCAACGUGGCCUGGAACAACACUACCUUUGGCUGAGAUGGAGGUCAACACGCUGAAAUAGAAAAUCAUUCCGGUAUAUUGCUACAUGUGUGAACAUAGUUAACAGUGACAGAAUGAAGAAGCAAACACCUGGUAAUCCACUGGCCAAUUGACUGUACGACUGUCUUAAAAUGCACUUAACUGGACCCUUUAGCUUUGCACUGAUCCUUUUCCCUUUGAAAUGCAAUAAAGCAAACCUUGUAGACCAUAAA